ACCCGCUUGACAGAUCCCAUCUUGAGGCUUUUGAGGAUAGUCUGUAGUGAGGAGAGGCCUGCGAUGGCAUAUGUUUAUGCAGGGCUCUAUCGAGCAAAAGAAACAAUUAAGAGCGAGCUUGUGAAUAAGAAGGAUUACUUAGUUUAUUGGAAUAUUAUAGAUCACAGGUGGGAACCACUUCAGCGACAUCCUCUUCAUGCUGCGGGGUUUUACCUCAAUCCCAAGUUUUUCUAUACUACUGCGGAAGAGUUGGGCCUCCAUAUCAGAUCACUUUUAUAUGAUUGUAUAGAGAAAUUGGUUCCUGAUCCUAAAAUCCAAGACAAAAUUGGGAAAGAAACUACUUCUUACCACAAUGGUGCUGGAGAUUUUGGGAGGAAAAUGGCAGUGAGAGCCAGAGACUCUCUUUUUCCUGCUGAUUGGUGGUCAACUUAUGGUGGAGGAUGCCCAAAUUUGGCUCGCCUGGCCAUCCGUAUUCUCAGUCAAACAUCAAGUUUGAUCAGGUUCAAGCCAGGUCGAAUUCCUUUAGAAGAGAUGCAUGAGACAAAAAAUUGCAUUGAGCAUCAAAGACUUAAUGAUCUUGCUUUUGUUCACUACAACUUGUGGCUGAGGCAAAGCAAUAGGAAAAACAUGGAUCCGGACUGUAUGGACUCCAUCUCCUAUGACAAAAUGGAGCUUGUUCAUGACUGGGUUUCCAGAAGGGAACUAAGCUCGGAGGACAUGGAAAGUUCAGACUGGAUGACAGUUGACCCACCUUCAGGCAGCAUAGCUCCCUUAGGUCCACUAGUUGAUGAUAUUGAAGCCUUAGGUGCAGGUUUUGAUGAUUUUGAAAUUCUUGGUGGGGGCCCAAAAGAUAGUGAAGAAGAGAAUGGAGAGGAGAAUACUAUAAAUAAGUGAACUUUUGCUAUAGAAGAUUCUUGUUCUGUUGGAAGGAAAUGGGAAGAUUAUGCUGAGUCCAGUGUGGUGGUGAGGUGGACCUUAAUUUUAAGCCAUAACAAAUGGUAGCGAGCAAAAUUGAAGAUUUGGUGUCGAUGCUCAGUUGUUAUGUGCUAUUCCUCUACACAAGCUUGUUUCGUUUGUAUCUUCCCAUUACUGCUGAUAGCAAUCUCAUGUAGCAUGUGAUGUAGACAUUAAUCUCUUUUUCUUUAAAUAGAAGCUGUUGCCUGUUAGGCAGGCCUUGUUUGUUGAAUGGUGUGACUGAUUGAGAAUCUGGAAUCAUUCCGAGAAGUCAUUGGUAUCUCAGCAAUGCAGAGCAGCUGGACUAAAUCUUUCUUUAGAAGAAUAUAGGGAGGGGGAAAGAUUUUUUGAAACUGGUUCUGAUUUUUCUACUUUCCUCCUGCAUCUUGGUGAAGUUCCAGAGUUUCCGGGUGGAUUCUUUUCUUGCAUCUGUGGAAAUUGCAUCAAAUUUUGGGAGUUGACAGGCCGAGCUAGAAUGUUAUCCUUCUUUUCUGAAGCUCGAUUGAAAUUACAUGUAGAUUAUGUUCAUAUUUUUGAAUGUCAACUGCCUUUCAGGUUUUACAUC